GGUUCAGGUUAGACUUUGGGGCAGAUAAAGCACCUUUAUCCAUCCUCACUUCUUAAAAUAUAUGGAAAACAUCGCUUGAAGGUAUUUUGAAGGAAAGGGAGGCCAAAUUCAUUUACAGGUGAAGGUCAUGAAAAAGAUUGUGUUUAUUUAAACCCUUGUACUGCAGUGGGGCUUCUUUACCAUGAAUGACUGCAUCAGUGUGUCAGGGAGACCCUUUACCUGCAGCUCUAAGCUCUGCUUAUUGAUGCUCAGAUUGCUUUGAUAGUGGUCUUCAGCUGGUCUGUACUUUUGGGUUGGCUGUUUCUUCCUUUAGACAAAUCUCCAUUAGAUCCUUUAUGGGGUUAACCUCAGGCCGGUUGGCUGGACAAUCAAGCAUAGUGAUAUCAUGGUCAGUAAGGCAUUUGGCAGAAGUUUUGGUGCUGUGGGUAGCUGCGCUUUAACUCAGCAUCUCCAUAAAGCUGGUCAGCAGACUGAAGCUAGUGUGCUCACCAAUUCCCCGGUAGACUUUGGACUUGCUAAAACACAGAAGAAACACAAGCCAAUGACACAGCACCCGAAAUCAACACAGACUGGUGAAACUUCUCACUGGACUUCAGGCAGCUUGGAUUCUGGGCCUUUUCACUCUUCAUUCAGACUCAAAUACCUUGAAUUUCAGAUAAAUUGCUAAAUUGACUUUCAUUUGGAAAGAGAACUUGGGUCCAUUGAGCCACAAUUUCGUUUUUUUUCUUCACCCAGGCAAGACUUUUCUCAUGUAGUCUCUGGUUCAAGAGUGUCUAAUAUUAGGAAUAUGGCACCCUGAGUCCCUUGCUAGAAGAUGUCUGCCUGUGGUGGCUCUUGAUGCACUGACUCCAGCCUUAGUCUAGUCCUUGUGAAGCUCUUCAAAGUUCUUGAAUCAAUUUUUUUGACAGUCCUCUCAUCACUGUUGCUUGGUCACCUUUUCACUUCCAGUCAACUUUCUGUUGAUAUGCUUUGAUCCGGUACUCUGUGAACAGCCAGCCUUUUCAUCAAUGACCUUCUCCGCCUUACUUUUCUUAUAGAGGAUGACAAUGGUCCUGAUGUAUUUACUGGACUACACUUACAGAAGAAAGGCUCGGGAGACCUUUACAGGUCAUUUGAGUUAUUUUUUUAGGACCAGAAUAACUGACAAGAAAUUGGUCUUUUUCACUAUAUUCUUCUAUAAUUGGAUAAUGUAUUUUUGAGAGCUGUACGCAGUAAUCACUAUCAUCAAUAUUUUACUUUACAUGUGAUAACUCUUGAAUAUAUGUAAGUUAAACUGAAUAAAAUCCAAAUUGUCUCACUUGAAUUUCAGAAGCACCUGAUGUAUUUAGCACAUUUCAUCCACAAAGGCAACUCAAUGUGCUUCACACAAACAAAAGAAACAUCCAAGAGAAGAUUAAAAAAAGCACCCAAUUAGUUUAUAUUUACAGUAUUGUCCUAAAAAUAAAAAAUAAAUCAGCUUUCCAGAAUAGUACCAUUGGAAAACGUAAACUCUAUAAAAAGACAUGAUGUGGAAAUGCUGUUGCCCUGGGAUACACGCUAGUUAGAUGAUGUUAGCUGGCUGAAAUCUAAGUUAACAAGCCAGCAACAGUGCCUCCUAGGAUUUAACUUGAUGUUUACACUAUUGUCUAACGGUAACUUACUAUUAAACUUUUGUUUCACCUUGAAAUGUGUUUUAAGUCAUAUGUGUUUGAGAGUUAUUAGUUUAUUUGUUUGUCCACCCCCAUUUUCUAUCUAUUCUAUUUUCAGUUUCCUCUUAAAAACUUGACGUUCUAUAAACUUGUUGUAUUUAGGGAUGAUGACAUCUUGUAACUGGUUGACCCAAAAGAAAACACUAUCCAUUUGAAAUCACUGUACAUUUUCCUGCUUAUUACAUAGCCUGAGUAUAUGCUCCAUGCAAUGAUGUAAUUAUAUAUAUAUUAUUUACAUUUAUGAGGGUGUAUUUUCAACGGUUAGAAUGGGCUGUAUAGUCUUACUGGAUAACAAAUAAAGCCCUGUGAGUGAAAAAUUUUUAGCUUUCACCACAAAAACAACAUUAGUGUAAGACAAACUUAGAGCUUAAGAUGCAUUGAUGUAUUAAUGAACAAAAGCCGGUAAACUCAUUUGGAUGAGGUUACCAACAAACAUGUAUUUGGCUUCUUUUAAUCAACACAACCUCUUGGAAAAGACAAGUAAAUUGUUAUAUGAAAGAGUUUAAAGCCUCAUAUGUGUAUGUCUGGUAAUGUAUGAACAAUAAUAUCUAACAAAUGUUUGGUCAAUAGAUAAUAAUUUAACAAAAGGAUAUAAAGUAGGUCUAAGACAGUAAAUCUACUUCAGACAAAAACUUUGCAGCUUAAGAAAUUAAAACCCCAAUUCCAUAAGAGUUGUGAUAAUGUGCAAAAUGUAAAUGAAAAAAAAAAUUUUUUUUAAGGAAUUGAAAAUCAUUUAAAGUCUCUGUGGUGAUAAUUGAUACACCAGAUUUUUCUACGUGACAAGUUGGCACUGUAGGCAGGACAGUUUGAAUCCUGUUGUACAAGCUAUGCUGUUGUAAUGCUUGCAAAAUGUAGUUCUUCUAAGUGCAUUAUGCAAGCUCUUCCUAUAAAGGGCUUUGUUAGGAUGCCAGUAUACAGUGUGUUGCUUCAAAACAUGGAUAUUGCUACCAAUGCCAUGGGCACUGAUGCAUCCCCGUAACAUUAGGGAUGCUGGCUUUUGAACAGUGCAAUGAUAACAAGAUGGGAGAAUUUUCACUUUGUCAAAGCCCAUCAAAGAAAAAAGGUCAUGUAUGUGUAGUUAAACCUACAUUUUGUGGAUGUAUGCAAUAACAAGUGUUCACAGACAGUGGUGUCAGAUGUAAUUUUGAGUCCAUGCAGUGAUUUCCAAUUGAGAGGCCAUGUCUGUUUUCAAUGUGCUGCCAAUUGUGGGCUGCAGAUUUAGUAUUUAGCCCAUUUAGUAUUUAUUUUGUGUCUUGUCCUCUUUGUACAGAUAUUUCUCCAGUUUGUAAACUCCCUGUAAAAGACUACAAAUUGUGAUACUGAUCUAAGACAACCUCAUGUGCAAACAUAACCACAAGUCUACUGCUAAAAACAACUGUCUGUUCAGCUUACUAUACUACUAAAAUAAUAAAAGAUAUGCAAUCAGGACAUUUUGGAUAAAACUGUUAAAAGUCUCGACAGGGCUUUCAAAGUAGGACCUAGAAGGCACAUUGGCGUCUGACCUAGGGUGAGUAGUUUCGACACAAUUAGGGUGAUGACGGUCACCACUAAAUAGGCUUGGUUUAAAACCACUGUUUAUUUUCACAUUGUUAUAAACCUAACCCUGUGCAUUUAACUGAAAAAAAACACGGUAAACAGGAUCCCUCAAACAUGAUUGGCACGGUGUUUCUUAAUUAGCGAGGGCCGGGUUGUGUUGUUGACGCUGCUAUUAUUAGCUAUGCUGAAAUCAUUAAUAUCACUUCCUACUUUCGGAACCAAGAUGAGCUCUUACUGACAAACUGACUCAGCCAUUUACUUAGACGGGACGUGAGAUGCAAUAAAGGCGACCGUACACUAUGUCCCUCUGACAUGUACCUUAAUGAAACGCACAUACAACAUUUGAUAAGUGUUACAACAAUAUGUUUAAAGCUUACAUCUCCAGCCAUGGGUAGAUAAUACACCAAUCGAAGGUUCUCUACCCAUCGCUGCUGCAGCCAGCGUGGGGUUUCCCAGCGCUAACUGCAGGGUUACCGCGCCCAUCUCGUCGUUCGAUGGCCGGACGAAAGUGUAACCAGGGAAAGGGCAAAUGUUAAUCUUGGCAAACGGGAUACAGUAGACGCUUUGGUUUUGAUGAAUUGUAGUGACUUUACUGAUUAGCCUCUUUUUUGUCUGUCUAAGCAGUUACAUCAGUACAGGGCUGGUGGGUGUGAUCCCCCCUCCUCCCCUCUCCGGUUGGCUGACUGAGGUUGUCAAGCUCCCUCCGCUGUUGCCUCUGCGUUCUAGAAGGGCUGCUCCUCGGAAAAACGAACGCUAGCUGGCUAGCUAGUUAGUAAGCUAGCGCUGUGGUGUCCGUUGAUGCGUGGAUCGGAGGUUUACGGCGUCUUGUUUUCCAGUCAAUGCCAAAACGCAAAAACAAACGCAAAUUGAAUCAGGUAAGGUGAAAUAAAGCGACUAUCGUGCUGUUUCUCCAUCAUUCACUGUAACUGUUGGUGCCGUUAGCAGAUGAAUUGUGGCGGAAUUGAACGGUCCGGGGGUGGGGUAGCGAUUUGCUAGCUUCCUAGUCAUUUAGUUAGCUGCAGAUGGCUAACCUUUAGUUAGCUAUUUUAUCUACAACGGAUUUAACUCGCUCGUUUUAGAAGUUGAUGUAAUGGUGAAUCUUGGUGCUCAAUAUAACCGGCGAAAAAGCAGAUUGCAUCAAAACUCAUCUUGUAUGUCUGGCUUGUGCGUGUAAAUGAAAUGGGUGAAGUGGUGGAAAAGCCCCGGCGUUUAAGUAACGUUGAUAUCGGCCAGUAAUGCUUGAUAUCAGUGUUGGCCCAACGGAGCUGCUGCUCGGCCUAAAAAUCAGUAGUUGAGGAUUAAAAAGUUUUUAACGUUAACUAUGGCUUUAAUAUGGCAGUUUACUGUUAUUGCUUGUCUGGGGGGUUGCUUUGAAGUCGAAUAUUUGGCUACAUAUUAAGAUAUUGCUGUCAGAUGAUGAUGACACACUGGGUUGGGCUGGAACAAUAAACGUCCCGUAAACAAAUUAACAGCAAAUAUUAGUUAUUUGCUGAACUAGAGUAGGCUUCGUCACUUGUUAAUAAAAAACAGCCUAUUACCAGCGUAUAAAUGUUAAAACUAUAUCUAAUUAACAUGAGCCGCUGGUAGCCGCGUUAACACCCUAUUUUCUCGCCGAGUCGAACUAAUAUGUUAGCACAUUGCUGCCUUCCUGCAACGACUCGGCCGCGCCGGUGCAACGCCUUUUACAUAGAUUAGGAAUGCUCGUUAUUUACCAUCAGAUAGCUAAUCAUUAUUCAUGCUGUAUUGAAUGAACGAUUGACGUUGACUUAAAGAAAAUCAACACGUUUAUCGUUGCUUUUUUUUUCCUUUUUUCAUUUUUUUGCACUCUGAGUUGAACAGGCCAUAACCGCCCGACCUUGCAAUUUUAUAGGCUUAGUUGCACUACGAGAUUAGAAGGAACAAAUAAAUAUACUGAUGCGUCUUAAUCGAAUCAAGCUCACACCGUCGGGUUUAACGAGAUUGUUAGUGCAUAGGUAAGUGGAUUUCUGGAGGCCAAGCCAUCGCCGAGUUUCCCUACUAUGUUGGCCUCGAAGCUAACUACAUAGCACUCCAUGUAAUUGCGGAAGAGCUGCUGUCUACCCCUGAGUGGCUGUGGUUACGGUUUCUCUUGCAUUAGAAGCUACUUGCUCUUACGUUAUAUGUGUCUUGGUAAUCAGCGGAUCUAACGGUGGAUCAACCGUGUACUGGACAUUUUAGGGUCAGUCCUUUCAUUCUUCGAGGUAAUCUGACCGAAUAUAUUUCUUUUUUUAAUUCUACCUCUGCCCUGCCUGCAGGCCCAGACAGUCAAGUCUGCUAGCAAAGCUAACUAGCGGAUAGCAGUCUGUAAGAUGGCGUUUAGCUGCAUCUUCUCAGAUUUCCAUCAGCGCAAGUCAUUUUCUUAGUUCCCUGUGCAACCUACAGUAAAUGUAGAAAAUACAUCAGGCGUGUCAAGAUACUAAAAAUCGGGUUUAUAGUUAUUGGUGAAAUUUUUGGGGUAAUUUGUUAAAUUUUUUCCUUAAAUAAGGUAGGGUAUUUGUGGUCUAAACUCUUACACAAAUUAGAUAAACAAUUUGAUUAAAACAGUUAGAACCAGAAGCCAUUCAAAUCCAAUGCAAACUAGCCAUUUGUUGUAGGCAAAUCACAGUACUGCACACAAUGACUAAGUAAACUAUCUCAGCACCACGUAUUAGGCUGGAUAAACAUGUGCACUGACAGCACUCCAGAAAUAUACACCCUUUUAUUUCAAUGUUUACAUUACUAUUCAUGUUAAUUGGCAAUGAAUUUCUUAUACACAUGAAUUACUUCAAAUUUAAAAGCAAAAAUGACACCAAUCAAACAGUUAUUGGACACGCUGGAAACACUCAAAGAGAAGGCCUGUAUUAGGCUUGUGAUAUUACUAACUGUGUCAAAAUCCAGGCACUUGCUUUAAGCAUGCUGUGUGUAAAAGAAUUAAGAUUAAACUCAUCCUUUUAUGAUUGGGGAAACAUAUUUCUAAUGCCUGGGCUGGAUCUGCCAGCUGUUUAUGUUAGUGGACAUGGAUAGGAUUAGGGACUCAUUGACUGAGGAUUUUAGCUUUUAGGAUUAUGGAGUUGCUCAGUGAUAUUGCUGGUUAUGGCUUUUUCUAUGAUCCAGCUUUAGACCUGUGAAACAUUGCAUUAUCAUCCUCUAACAGUGCAGAUAAGCCGACCUCUCCUUUGAGAACACAGUGCAGAGUCAGGGGAUUAUUUUUUUUAUGUUAACCAUAGAUGUAAGAACCACCUUUGGAAAACAGCAGGCACAGACUGCCCUUAAGGGACCUGAGUGAAGCUAGUGAGCUACAACUGUAGGCUGUUUGCCACUGCUCAUUGUUUAUCAUGCAGUCAGCUGACCCUGAUCAGGCGCUUGGAAAGCAGAAGUGAUGAGGGAGAGGAACUCCUAGCUUGUAAGCAUCCACAGAGGUUAAUGGGAAAUAAUAUUUCUUAGUGUGGAUUAUUAAGUUUGGUUCUUCAACAACCCACAUUUAUGGCCGUUUUUAUUUACUUUAAACCCUUUUAGGGUAGGAUCUGGUAUGAAAUAUUUAAGUUAAAAAUUAAUUAGACUUGAUCAAGAACAAAUUUUGGAAUGAAACUAAAACUUAGAGCAUUUCUAAAUGGAUAACUAUUAAAGGUUUUACCCCUUGAAAAGUGACACAAAUCUGUCAGCUUUAACUGUUAAUAAUAACCAAAUCUAAAAGGUUUAUGAUGUCCUCAUAUUUCGAUUAGAUAGCAUUGUUUUGCUGCUAAAUUCUGUUGGAAACUUAAGUAUCUCUGCCACUGCUAAACUCAAGUAUUAGGUUUUUUAUUUGCAUCUCAUUUACCAGUAAAUGCCUGUUCACAUGUUUAAAUAUUAAUCUACAAGUUAAUCAAACACUUCCACAAGAAUCAGGAAUCUUAUUUAUCUGAAAUAACAAUCCAGCCAAACUUAUCAAACUUUCAAAAAAAAAAAAUUACAAAGAAAAAAUAACAUCUAAAAUAAGUGUAGAUUAUUACACAGAAAUGUCCCAGAAAGCUCAAGGUUAAAACUAGAUUCUGUUUUCGAUUGAUGAUACUGCAUAAUAAUUAUAUUCCAUGACACAUUUAUUUAGAGAUUAAUCAGGGUAAGAGGAUAACCUGCAUUAGAAAGGUCAACCAAUCAGAGUACCUCAAGGGUAACUUAGUAGAGACCCGUGUCUGUCUCCUCUCUAAACCUUCACUGUCAUAGGCCUACUGACAGCCAUACAGCAGGUAAGGUAACCAGGGGGCAAGGUUUGUAUUCUUAAUGGGUUUUUAUUAGAGGUGCCUAUAAUCUUAAUUCUUUUUUUAUCACAUUGCAAUUUGCACAGGCUAUUUUGCCACAUCUAUUUUGUAUUUUUCUAAGUAUGCUUCUGAUGGAAAGCAACAUGCCAAGUCUAUAGUAUCUUUUUGUGUCAAUAGUAAAUAUGUAUUUUAAAAUUAUUAUCUUUCAAUGACUCCUUACAUGUCUUUUUAAAAAGUAACCUUUUUGGAGUCCUGUUUUAAAAGUACCAAUUUUUUAACCGUAACUCUUCAUUCGAAAUACAGUUUGAUGUUACAACUUGGUAAAAAUUAUGCGUGUAUUUUGUAUUUUUUUUUAAGCUAAUUGGUUCUCUGAAUGCAGUGGCUACCACAGGAAUAUUCCUUACCAUUGAAAAUGCACACUGACUCACAGGAUAUAGCCAUAAACUUCCUCCUAAAUGUACUGCUCUUAGACCCACUUAAAUAAUUUAAGUGAAUGGAUCUGAGUGAAAGGGGUUCUGUUUUCCAGGAUAUCUUUAGUUGGUAAAUGACAAGUAACUAUUUAAGUACUGAACAUAAGACAGACUUAAUAUUGAUUGAAUAGGAUAUUUGUGAAGCCUUUUUUCCUAUCUGCCAUGCUCCCAUGAUGCUGCAUUGGGAUACUAUUGCAUAAACAUUAAUUCUUGUGCAUGUGCCAUCAAACAGAAUGAUAUAUUUGUAUCUUUAUAAUAUUUGAAAGUAUUGGUAAUGUAAAUAAUUACAGACUCUGCUAACCCUUAAAGUUUAACAAAAGGUUCGUGUUAUUUAGGAAGAGAAUUGCCAUUGGGUAUUGGAUUAAAACAAUGUCUUUAUAUGGGUGCGUUUUUCCAUUUCUUCAUAUGAUAGUCAGUGUGGCUGUAGUCAUCAUCUUGUACAGAGAUGCCAUUUUAGUUGGGGUAUUUGCUGCCCAUCUUUUUGUGUCCCUGAAAUACGUUCUUUAUUCCCAGCUUUAGAUUACUUAUAUAAGUGAGACUUGGUGUUUUCCAAGACAGUUUUAUAUUUAGAGUAUGCUGGUUUGAUAACGACAUGAGUUCUAAUGUUGUUUUAUCACAAACUUUUAGAGUGCCUUGAGGCUCGGUAUAACUACAAGUGGCUUGUUGAUCACUUGGCUAAAAUUCUGAGUAUCCCAGGGAUUGAGGUCAACAGGAUAACGACUGCUUCUCGGCUCAUUGGAAAGUAGUGCCUUAACAGGAUUUGUCUGGUAAUCUAAACUGUGUAUCAGGAUUAUGUUAGCGACAUUGAGGUGUGAAAGAAAGGUUGAGCCAUGACCUGUGUGCGCUGCAGGUGAAAAGGAUACUGAAUUCUACUCGGAGAAACUCUUUGGCUGUUAUCAUCUACUGUUAACAAAUCUGGUUUAAUGGGUCCAGGACCACUUUGAUCUAGAUUUGCAUGAAUGAUCAAUGUGCUUCUUUGGAUUCAUCUUUCAGAUAAACAAGUGCCCCGGUGUCUGGAGUAAGGUAAUUGAAAAAGCAGGCUAAAAUGAGUGAACUGGACCAGUUGCGCCAAGAGGCAGAGCAGCUCAAGAAUCAGAUCAGAGUGAGUAACAAAUAGCUAUUUUUAUCAUAUUAUUUUAUCUGUAAUCAUCUAAAUGUCACUUACCCUUCAUAUUGGAGUUAAAGCCAUUACCACAUAGAUGCAUCUACAUUGUGAAAUCCUAUCCUGAAGAUCUGACCAUUGCUUUUUUUCCAGGAUGCCAGGAAAGCAUGCGCAGAUGCUACGCUAUCGCAGGUAACAUUUGACGUAACAAUUUUUGUUUCGUUUAAUGUAUUUUGUGUAUAUAUAUUUUUUAAAGCACGAGGGCAGAAAGUAACUAGAAUACUUACUGUGUUGCAGAUCACGGCCAAUAUCGACCCUGUUGGCCGAAUCCAGAUGCGUACAAGACGAACGCUGCGGGGUCAUUUGGCUAAAAUCUAUGCCAUGCACUGGGGAACUGAUUCUAGGUAUAUAGACCAUCAUUUAAAUAAGUCAUGAUGUAAAAGAUGGUAUUUUUCAAUGCCCCUCUGGUUAAAUGUUGGCUAAAUCAUCAAAUUAAUAUUUUCAGUAGUACUUAACCCUAUAGUCAUUUUUCCUGAAUAAAAACAGAUUUUGGAUAAAUAAUAGAUGUACUUUACUGUUCUGAUUUGUUUAGGCUCCUGGUCAGUGCCUCUCAAGAUGGCAAACUAAUUAUCUGGGACAGCUAUACCACGAAUAAGGUAAGCCACUUUGUUGACAGGGGUUAAUGAGGUCACAGAUGAAUUUCCAAAUACUUGUGAUUGUAGUUGAUUUAAGAAGCAGUGUAGAGCAGCAGUAUAGGCUGAAGUUGUAGAAGUAGAGGAUCUAACCUUUGCCAUGCGUCAUAUAUUUAAAAUGACUUUCAAAUGGUUCUUGAACAUCUUAACCGUGGUUAGACUGUAGUUGGAAGGAUGGAGGUGUUACAGUUUUUGUAGCAGAUGGGCAACUUGGCUUUCUCCAUCACCCACUGAAAACUUCAACCGGAUAAUCAUGCUCUGUCAUGUCUCAGUGUAUUAAAGAAGUCUGACAAUGAAAAUUGUUUUUUGUCGAGUCGACACAAUCAGCGAUAAACCCAACUUAGAAUUAAAAGAUUAAAGGGUCAUUCCAAUGUAUCUUUAGAGAAGAUUGCAGGCCAGAUUGAGGUCAGAAUUGUCUAUAGGAUACUUAAAUGAGAGUCAUGUAUAGAAGAAGCACCAGAUUAUCAGCCUUCAAACUUCCACAUUGUGUUGCCUGCGAGUGCCUAGAAUAACAGAUUAUUGAUUGACAUAUGAAACUACCCAUCCAAAUGGAAAUGUUUGAUUAUACAGGAUGUUACCACAGAUGUUUUUUUUUUAAUUAUUAUUAUUUUAAAUAAAAAGCAAAACCUUAAGACAAUUAAAUGAAAAAGUGUCAGCGAAAAUUAGUAUCACAGUAUUUGUUUGUAACACUACUGUGAGACAUUUCAUCAGACUCAUAUUCACAGGAUGCUUUAAAGGCUGUGGAUAUUGUACACCGUUAAAUCUUAAUGUUAAGUAUAGAUCCACUUUUUUUGGUGAUGGAAGGAAUUAAAUGAAAUUUUCGCAGACCAGUCAAAACAUUGCUGUUUUAAAUUCUAUUUUUACUUUUUUCCCUGCAUAAAAGUGGACUUAAAAGGAGUUAAAUGUCUUUUUUUUUUGUCACUCUUCUGUUGUAGGUUCAUGCCAUUCCACUUCGAUCCUCCUGGGUCAUGACUUGUGCUUAUGCACCAUCAGGAAAUUAUGUGGCCUGUGGUGGCUUAGACAACAUCUGCUCCAUCUACAACCUGAAAACCCGUGAGGGCAAUGUCCGUGUGAGCCGUGAGCUUGCUGGACAUACAGGUAUGUGCUGUGAUAUUUCAGUCACUACAUAUGAUAUAUCAAGCACUGAAAGUCUCAUAGUUGACUGAAGUUGAUGAAAAUAUUGUAAUCUUAACCUUUAUGCCAACUCUGGACAAUGUUACACUAAUGGAGUACUAUGCCUUAAUGUAUGUAAUGCUGAUUCCAUAGGUGAUUCUGAUGAUAAAUGAUUGUACAGAUAUGAUAAACAAAAACACACAGUUAGUCCAAUUCUAAAAUUACUGACUAGGUCUUUAACCCCUUCACUGUUGGUUCUUUUGAUAUCAGGAUACCUGUCCUGCUGUCGUUUUCUUGAUGACAACCAGAUUGUUACAAGCUCUGGAGAUACCACUUGGUGAGUAAAAUGGAUUUUCUGUACUGAGUUACUGUGAUUUCUUUCAAUUUUUUUUAUCUAAUCAAUAUUUACUUUGAAAGUUAGUCUAAGGAAUGUCAAACUCAAUUGUAUUUAUUAUUUUCUAGUGCGCUUUGGGACAUCGAGACUGGCCAGCAGACAACUACUUUUGCUGGACACACAGGCGAUGUCAUGAGCCUGUCGUUGGCCCCUGAUUCACGGUUAUUCGUUUCUGGUGCUUGUGAUGCCUCUGCUAAACUCUGGGAUGUCCGAGAGGGCAUGUGCAGACAGACCUUCACUGGCCAUGAGUCUGACAUCAAUGCUAUCUGUGUAAGUUACUCAGAAAACUUCUUCAACAAUAUCUCCAUCUCAUGUUUCCUAAAAUGCCACUGUGGGAAACAUUUGUGUCACAUGUGUUUGCUCUUUGUAUCAAACAUUAAUGUCUGAUAAUUUUACCAUUUCAGUUCUUCCCUAAUGGCAAUGCCUUUGCCACGGGCUCUGAUGAUGCCACCUGCAGGCUGUUUGAUCUGCGUGCUGAUCAGGAAUUAAUGAUCUACUCUCAUGACAACAUCAUAUGUGGCAUCACUUCUGUUGCAUUCUCAAAGAGUGGCCGUCUUCUUCUGGCCGGAUAUGAUGACUUCAACUGUAAUGUGUGGGACACACUAAAAGCUGACCGUGCUGGUGGGUAGCCUGGGCUGAUAUUUUCUUGACCCUUGAUAAUUUUAUGCAAAGUGAUCAAAUGUACAUGUUUGCUGACUUGUGUACUAAAUGAGACCUGGCUUUUUCUAGGUGUGUUGGCUGGACAUGACAACCGUGUGAGCUGCCUGGGAGUCACCGACGAUGGCAUGGCAGUUGCAACGGGAUCCUGGGACAGUUUCCUGAAGAUCUGGAAUUGAGGCCUGAAGGUUUCUUUUUUUUUAAAGUUUUUAUCCUAUAUUAUUCCCUUAGGCUUCUUCUUUUUAGUUCUUGUUUUACACCGGUUCUUGCGAAUAUUUGUUGAAGACUUGUGGUUUCCUAGACUGAGGCAGAAGCUGAAAUGCUUUUGCACCACUUUCUGCCCUCACAAGUGUAACAGGGAUUAGGAUUUAUUAAAUUCUCUGUGUUUAUUAGUCAGUUGCUGAGAUUCAUUUUUGACACACCUGCUAGCUUUAAAUCUCUGAUUUUUUUUUGACCUGCAUGAUUAACAGAACAUUCUGGCCCCUAAAUUUUCAAUCACCUUUAACUUAUUGUAAGGAUUGCAUUAGUUGAAGCAUAAUUUUGUAUAAAAUUUGCUGUGCUGUAAAAAAAUAAAAACUGGACGGCAGUUCACUGACCACUUAGCGCAAAUAAAUUGCAAAAUAUCAAAUAUACACACAAAAAAUAGCAGUUUCUGAGGUCUUCUAUCAGUCAAAACAAAAUAUUACGCUUAAAAAAAUAAAGUUCAGGAUUUUCAUGGCUUUUAAAUGUUGACACUCCAACUAUACUUAAUACAAAAAUGUCAGAGAAAGCAGCCUUCAAAAAGGACCGAUAGCUCUCCUCAGCUGGCUGCAGCUCUGAGGAUAUAUGUGUAAUUAAGAAGCAGCCUUUAGUGAUUUCAGGCCAGCCUGUGUAAUUAGAUGGAUUUUUAAUUAAACUUGGCCCAUUAUAUUCGACAGUGUCCCCUGAUAGUGGGUUAAAUAACUAAAUUUUAGAUCAGAUUGGAUUGGUUACAUUCUAAAUUUCGUCUGUCUUUGUUUCCUAGAUGUUCUUUUAACUCCAAAGUUGACUGGAAGACCAUUACAACUUCAGAAUGUUCACAGCAUCUUCUCAACACUGUUUAAACUGACUUGGACACCACAAAAUCGAAGGGAAACCAAUGCCUUUCCUACACAAAGAAGAGCACAAUUGUUUAUCACCUAGUUAAGAAAGGAUCUCCUGUGGUAUCAAAUCAGAAACUUGUGCAUUCCUUCUCGGACCAUUUUAUGUUACCUUGAAAGAGAAAAAAAAAAAAAAAAAACAACACUAUCAUCCCAUGCAAAUGUGUGCGUCUUGAAAGCAAAUGUUGGAGUGUAAUUGUACAAAUUAUUUAACUUUUUUUUUUUUUUUUUUUUUUUUUUUUUUUUUUUUUAAGAAUUCUAUUCUGAUGGUUUGUUAUUCUUGAUGGCUUUUCUUUUUGUCAUAUUUCUUUAGUGGUUUUAGAUAUAUUUGAAUUACUGCUUGUCUUUCUAAUCCAGUUAAAUCAUAUACAACAGAUGAGAGAAAAUGUGCAGCAAGUAAUGCAAGUAAAAGCUUGGAUCAUAUUACACGAGCAGCUUUCAAAAUGUCCAUGAUGUAUUUAUAUACUAGCUGUUUUUGUUUCAUCACAGCCUUUUGCACAUGAAGAAGCUUCGCCUCUCAACUAAUACUAUGUUAACUAACCAAGCACAUGCUCUAAGUUAUGAAUGCUCAUUCCAGUACAAAAGGAGUUAUUACGAGUAACUUAUACAGUUAACCCCCUUAAUUCUUGUACAUGCCUUUAAAUCUGGGUGGGGCGGGGUGGGCUAGCAAAGUAGGUGCUGAGAUAAUUGGGGCAUGGCUGGAUUUUAUUAUACGGGGGGGAGGGAGGGUUGUGUUUAGUAUCCACUUUGAGUGAAACACCUCACCUGACUAAAUAGACACUUCCUUUGCUUGGGACUGCAGUUGCAACUCUGUGAAUGAAAUGUACAAAUCAAUGUCUGAAAAUAAUGGUCUGAUGUUUUAAGUUAAGACAUUUAAUUUUGUCUGCCAUGAGUUAAUUUAGAUGUGCAUGCUGUAGACUUGCUUUCAAUGGUGCAAAUUCCUAGAUUUUUCUUUUUUUGUUUGUUUGUUUCUGAAAAGGAGAGUAACCUAUUGAUUGAACUUAAUACAAGCCAAUUUUUUUGGCUCCAACUCUGCAUACAUCAUGUACUAAUACUGGUAAUGCUAUGCACCAGAGUGAGCAAGAGUGGAGAAAGAAUUAAUAUUGAUCGCAUUCUUAGUGUAAAAUAUGCUUACCAGUUUUAUUGAUGCCAAUUUUUGUAAUAAUUAUAACAAUCAUUGUGAGAAUUCUAUCCUUGACAAGUCCUUCUCUCUCCCUCAAAUCUUCACAUUCAAUGGAACAAAACGUCCUCACAUUCUGUCCAUACUAAACUUUUGUACAUUUUUCUUGGUCUUAAAUUGAAAAUCAGAGCAUCUGAAUGACAACAUUUCACUGUAUACAGAAGCACUUUUGUUAAAGUUGUGACAUAUUUUCACUUUUCCUUUUUUCUGCGAUGAUGUACAAUAAAUGUGAUGUAUUCGUGUGUGGCCACAAGUGAAAAUGCAAUUCAACUGAGACAGAUUCCCUUUUCUCUUUCCAUUAAUAUUAUAGAGCUCUGCACCCUUAUGUACCUUUUCACUUUUUGUAUUUCAUUUCAGUCUGUUGGUGUUACACGGUGAGCUGGAUGCAAGAUAGAUACUGUACUAAAUUGUACUGUUAUUGAUUGAAAAAUGUAAUAAAAAGCUGUUUGAGAUCUCUGUU